GUGCGGAAAGUCGUUCAAACAAAGCUCUAUUGAGUAAUACCUACUAAAUAGUUUACUGCAUUGUGAAAAAAAAUCUACGCUGUGUCACAAUAAUUUCAUUAUUUAAAUAAAUAAUAUUUAAAAACUUAAUUAAAUGUCUUUAGAUGUAAUUAAUAGUGGAUUAAGAUGACUUUCAACAUGAACUCCAAAGUCGUUUUACCCAUUGUGGCAGGAGUUGGUGCAGUGGUCAUAGUUGUUACUGUGGUUGCGAACUUUAUAUGGGGCAGAAAGUCAACAAAAAGUCAAAAUAAACUUGUUGCUUUAGUAGACCCCAACACAAAAUACAAAUUGCCUCUUAUUGAACGGGAGGAGAUCAGUCAUGACACAAGAAGGUUCCGUUUUGGUUUACCUUCUAGUGAACAUGUUUUAGGCUUACCAAUUGGUCAACAUAUACAUUUAUCAGCAAAAAUUGAUGAUGACCUUGUCAUCAGAGCAUAUACUCCAGUAUCAAGUGAUGAUGAAAAGGGCUAUGUUGAUUUGGUUAUUAAGGUUUACUUCAAAAAUGUCCACCCUAAAUUUCCUGAUGGUGGUAAAUUAUCACAAUAUUUGGAAAACUUGAAACUCGGGGAAACAAUUGACGUUCGUGGACCAUCUGGAAGGCUGCAAUAUGCAGGAAAGGGUACAUUCUUAAUCAAGAAGUUGAGAAAAGAUCCACCACUCAAAAUUGUGACAAAGAAACUUAAUAUGAUUGCAGGUGGUACUGGCAUCGCGCCAAUGCUCCAACUCAUCAGACACAUAUGCCAAGAGCCCAAUGAUAACACGGAGCUGCGCCUGCUGUUUGCCAAUCAGAGCGAGCAAGAUAUCCUGCUUAGAAACGAGCUAGAGAAGUACCAACGUGAACACCCAAAGCAGUUUAAACUGUGGUAUACUAUCGACAGAGCUAAUGAAGGAUGGAAGUACAGUACUGGUUUCAUUAACGAUGAGAUGAUCCGAAAUCACCUGUUCCCGCCUGCCGAUGACGUCAUAGUGCUAAUGUGCGGUCCCCCGCCUAUGAUUAAUUUCGCCUGCAACCCAGCUUUGGACAAGUUGGGAUUCAAAGAGAACUUGCGUUUUGCUUAUUAGAACCUUAUACCUAAAUAUUGUAUUGUAAAUUAACGUGAAUGAAACGGGUAUUUUACCACGUGACCUAAAUAACUCAGUUAUUCAUUUUUUUAUACAAAUAUUUAAUUUUACCAAUUCCAUCCAACUCGCUUUAUUUCUGUUUCUCUGGCAUGAUAUUUAUAAAAAAAAAGUAUAACAUGGGGAAUAUAUAUCAAAAUACAUACUUAUGUAAUUCUAUUUGACCUUUUACUAUGAUUGAUUAAUAACCUUUAACUAUUCUACUAAGUGAACAAACUUCAUUUUUAUACAUAUAAGUUAAGCAGUUGUUACUAGGACAAAUUAAUCCCAAAACCUUUUAAUAUUUUCUAUAUGACUGUAUUUGAUAAAAAUAACAAAGUAACAAUAUUUUUAACAUUUUCAUUGUCCAAGCACAAUUUAAAUUUAUUAUUAAAUUUGGUUUAAUGAAUGUUGUGGUUGUCAUAAGUGUUCUUCGACAUUUUUAGAUAUUAUUUUAAUGCUCUUUGUUGUAUAUAAGUAUGGAUAUAUUUAUACAAAUAGAAAAUAAUACAUAGUUUGUUGAUUUAAUAAAAAGGUUGUUUAAACUA